AUGAAUGGAUCCGAAUUAUCAAAGCAACUCGUUGUUGUUGGAACUAUACUCUUAUUACUAACUACUUGGAUUAUAGCGAUUAUAGGAGCUUCUUGGAGAUCAAGAAACUUGAUAACUUUUACAAUAUUUCUUUGGGUCAUCUUUAUUGUUAUGUGGCUAGUUUUAUCGUUAUACUUCAGAUUACUAAAACACAACACAAAAUACUGUGUAGCAAACAAAAAAAGAUGUGCACCAUCAAUGUGGCUUAUUUCCGUAGGAAGUUCAAAUCACUCAAAUGAGGAUACAGAUGAUGAUGAAGAUGAAGAAACAACUGAAGAGGAGAGUGAAAACGAAGAAGAACUAAGUAAAUACGGAAGAAGAAUAUGGUCGAAAAAUAACUUGCCCGAAUUAACUGUUAAGCCAGUUCACCCGAUGAGAACGUACGUAAUGACGAAUCCCGUUGAUGUUACUCUUAUUCCUAAUACCGUUGUGUUAAAUCAAACGAGUACAAUGAUCGGUGGUAACAAUGGAUGUGGGUGCGAUCGUCAUCAACAGACUACCACCGAAAGCCCGCCAAGCGAUUUGAGAACGCGUACCAUAAAAUAUCGGAAAAAUAUGACGAUGUAUCGUCAAGCUGCAAUACAUCAUCAACACAAAAAAGGGAGAAAAAAGAAUAUAGAUAGUGAUGGAGGUGAAGGUGACGAAGAAGAAGAAGAAGAAGAAGAAGAAGAAGGAGAAGAAGAAAAAGAAAAAGAAGGCAAAGACGAUAAUAAAGCUGACAGUCACACUGUAGACUGGCUCUCAAUGUUAGGUUAUUUGCUGCUGUACUUGUAUGCGUUGUACGUACUCUUUUCCUAUCACAGCGAAUUAAAAUUAAUGUCAAUUUGUGAAUGUGAUGAUAAUCUGAAUCCCGAAACAAAGGUGCCAUAA